AUGUCUGAAAUCAUCGAUCCGGAAUCCUUCAUGCACGACCGACAGACCUUCCGUGAAGAACUGCUAACAUGGGCUAACACCCUCAACGGGGUAUCAGUUCAGGACAGCGUCCGUAUGGAAAUUGCAACAGAGCUAGACGAGAUGGUCAAAGACAUAGAGGUACUUGGAGCCCCUCCUCCGCUUGGAUCUCUUCUUGCCGAAGAUUUCGAUCUAAUCGACGGGUGCUCUGAAGACGAAGAUCGCGAUAGCCAUGAAGGGUUCGAGCUGAUUGAUCCCCUCGCCGAAGCAGACUUUGGCCGCCUUUGUUCCAAAGAUGGAACCAUUAGGGAUACCCUCUCCUGGGCUGUGGAACUGCUGAGAAGGGGGCAGGCACCGACGUCUGAUAUUGCUGUUAUUCUGGAGAUGCUCGCUCUACAUGUUGGGAGACUCCGUCUAACUCGGGUAUCUGAUGGUGUUGUUGUAGAUCCUUAUGCAGAUUGGAUGGAUGAUUUGGCAAAAGCACAACACAAGUCGAACCAGAGUUACGGGAACGAAUAUCUUCAUGCGAUCUGGAAUCGUCUCUACAAUUGCAUGGACUGUAACUGUGACAAGUGCAGCACAGGUUUGGGUUGA